AUGGCUGAUGAUGCAGCAAGAGAAGAUGCGCUUCUUGAUGUGGAGGACAAGGUGCAAGACAAACAUUCAAAGCCAAGAGGCGGCAAGGGACGCGGAAAAGGCGGAGGGGGCGGUGGUCAGGGUCGAGAGGUGCAGGUGUCAAAGGCCUUGUCCAGGCUCUUGAGACACCAAGCGGCUAACGCUGGGAUUCAACUCGACGACGAGGGUUUUGCGCGCCUAGAUGCUGUGCUUGCAUGGAACCCAUUGCGAUCUCUCAAGGUCACACUUGAUGACAUUCAAACGGCAGUCUCUACAGAUGGCAAGCAGCGCUUCACUUUAAAGCCAAACCCAGCUACAAACCCAUCCUUGGACACAAAGUCCACUUCUCCAGUCGACUACCUGAUCCGUGCCAACCAGGGCCAUUCAAUCAAGCUUGAGUCAGCCAAUCUUCUUACACCCAUCACUGUCGAGGCUGGCAACGUGCCUAACCGUGUUCUUCACGGAUCGUUUUUCUACUUCUGGUCAGCCAUCGUGGAAACGGGUGGUCUGAAGCCCAUGAACCGCAACCACGUGCAUUGCUCAGCAGGUACACCCGAGGAAGGCAUCGUGAGCGGUAUGCGCAGGGAUGCCGAGUUGAUCAUCGAGAUUGACAUGGAAGAGAGUUUGAAGGAUGGCAUCCAGUGGUGGUUGAGUGAUAACGGGGUCUUGUUGACCGAGGGUGAUGAGACGGGCAUCCUGAGCACCAAGUACUUCAAGUUGGUUACAGGACGCAAUAUUGAUGUUGGUGUGCUUUGGCAGGAUGGGCAGUGGGUGUCUGAUCUGCCUAGUGGCAUAAAGAUAAGUCCUCCCUUCGGCAAGCGAGGAGGAAGGGGAGGUAAAUGA